AUGCCCAACAACCCAGUCGAUGAGGACCAAAAGCUGCUGCGUCAAGAGAAUGGAGCUUCGCCUCCGUCCCCCGCAGAUGGAGAUGCAGAUCUGUCAUUGACGCCCAGCACUGGCAUCGUUAGCGAUACCGUCUCACUGGGAAUUUCUUCUUCACUCUCCUCUGCAAGCAAGCCACAAACAAGGCUGGAGAUGUUCCCGCCUUUGAUGCUACUGAAAGAGUCUUCGCUCGACGAGCUCAAGUCAAAUGCCGUAGGACCUCGGAAGCCUCCAGGUGGUUUCUUGGCCAAAUUGCCGCCGAUGGGAAGCAUGAUCAGCACCGUUGUCGAUUUUAUCAUUGGUAUGGAGGGUAGCGCCUUUGCUGCGGGCAUCUUCCGACUUGAGCUGCUACGAGACUUUGCCCAAAUCAUGGCUCUGCAGCUGCACUUUGACGUCUCCCCUUCAACGGGCGGGGCAGAGAAGUGGAGCGCGAGAUGGAUCAUCUUGCAUUUCAUACCGUCUAUACUGGCGCUUGACUUUGUUAGCAUUCUCGGCAAAGCGCUCAUCUUGUUGCUCAUUUGGAUAAUCGUCGUUGCCGCUUUGCUCAUCAAGUUUUGGAGGAUGACUCGCGCUCCAAACCCGAAUCGCACGAUCGAGGGCUUUGUCUCCCAGCCAUGGUUGUUCACGUCACCGUCCAUGGGCACGAAGCUCGUCAACAUCCUCACCGUCUUCAUCUUGACAACGCUGUACAUCCCUCUGUCCAAGCUGGCAGUCGACACCAUCAGUUGGUCUUCGGACUUCUGGCCGGUCCCCAACCCGUACGCGAACGGCGACAACGUCGGCGAUCUUGCACCACUUGGUCCCGCAUCGCGUUUUCGAGAUCCGAUGGACUUCUGUUGGACGACCACCAUGGCAAAAGACGAGUUCAAUUUCGCUUGGCUAGCCGUGCCUAUUGCUGUUUUGACAGUGAUCAUAUAUACUCUGUGGUACCCGUACGCGAUGGCGAAGACGAUUCGACCGCUACUGCCCCGCGUCAGCGAUUUCAACGAGCUUGGAGUGCCGCGCAGUGAAGAUGAGAAGGAGGUAGAGUAUCUUCGCCUAUUGGAGCGCGAUCGAUCCCCUCUCAACUUCAUGUACAAGGCUUACAGGAGGCGGUGGGGCUUCUACAAACCGCUCUACAUCUUAUGCUUUAAGCUGUCCAACAUUUUGGUGAUCGGUAUCGUGACCAAAGAUAACUGCUUGUUCAGGUCCAUGCCUGGACGAACCAUGCUAGUCGUGCAGCAAAGCACUCUCAUCGUCUUGUGGAGUGUUCUGUUCGCCAUCCACCUCUACGUCGUGCCAUUCAACGAUCGGAUCAGCAACCGGUCAGAACUGGUUUCCCGAGCCGGCUACGUGCUCACCGCUGUUGUUGGCUUACUUGUUGCGCUGCAAGUGCAAGGAAGCACGGUUUAUCGGUCCACGAUUCUUUACCUCAUCCAAGCUCUGACGUAUGCGGGAAACAUCUACUUUUCCUUGGCCGGCACUGGCUGGAUGGAGCACCUGGUCAAACGAGCUCAAUCGCGGAUAGACUUCAGCAUCGACAUCUUCUCGCCUGCUCUAGACCUCGAUAAGCAUGUGAAGCGGCGCAUUUGGCAAGAGACACUCUCCACUCUGCUCCUUUGCGCACGCCCUUAUCACAUGCGUCCCGGCAAAGUAGUUGCCUUUUCCAUCGCGGACGAUUGGCCACCCUACAUGCUGUGGUUCGAGGGCUCGCCAGCUGAGCGACAUGUCGAGAACCUGAAGAUCCUCAAGGCGAUUGGCAGCGACACUUAUCGAGAGCAAGUUGACCUCCUGCGCAAUGGCGAAAACGCGGCACGUCUCACUGCAGUGAUGGACGCGAUCCAGUCCCGACUAGCUGGUCCGGAUGCGUAUUGGCGGCCCACCCAGCCGCCAUUCCCCGUUGGCGUCUCUUCGUGGUUUGGAAAGGCGUUCUUAGUGCCAUUUCCACCGACGCUGGUCAUGCGGUACGACCAAGUCCAGGGAGACGAGACCGUGCAGCUCAGCACUUUGGGGGAGCUCGAGCUCUUCGUGUCACAAAAUGAAGAUCCAGAGGUGCUGUCUCGUCGUUGGGUGCGGACAGCUCUACGCGCACUGGACGGUCAGCUAGUUCAAGCUCCUCACACUGAAGUGGUGCAGAUCGGCGGCCGUCUUGCUUCGUCUGAGAGUUUCUUGCAAAGGCGACGAAGCCGCGUGCGGGCGGCGCUCGGUUUGGGCCCUCGUCAAGGCUCAGGCGAAUUCACCCUCGCGUGUCCGACCUCGUACGAGACUGGCACCCUUCGCAUCGCUCGGAGAGAGCUCGGUUGGCAGGGAGGCCCGCACGACUUUGCUUCCGGAUUCGAAGUGACAGUCACAUACGCCGAGGGCACCCGGCAAGACCCUGAAGGCCUUACUCGAGUCCGCAAAGCCCUGACGGUCGAUGGCACGACGGCGUUCGGGUUACACGACGACUUUAGACUCACUUCCGAUUUGGUGCGCUUCUUGCGUGCCAAUGAGCACAUCGUACAUGCCCGUCGAGACAAUGUCGAGCGGAACCUACAACAAUACCGAGAUGGCUAUGCCACUGAGGCUAUCCGCAAAAGAGAGACGCUCGACUAUGCUUUCCUGACGGACGUCUUUGACGCACCAACGUUGGACCGCGUUCAGCUACGUCAGACUUUGAGAAUGGUGACCCGAAAUCCUUCAGUGCAGCACCUCCCGCGCCAAUACAGAGCGGCAAUGACCCUGCUUCACGAGCGACUGAUGCACGUCAACCAGAGCCCUGUCCACAAAUGGUGGUGGCUCUUCUGGGACGACCUUUGGCGCCAGAAUGGACGCGACUACAGCCAAUUACGACGACAUCGCCGUGCCUUGUGCCCACACUACCCAUCUAGCAUCGCCUAUCAGCCAGUGCCUCGCGCCGAAUUGGAACGCUUUCUGGAUCAACGCGGGUUGUGGCAAUGUCAGGGCGCGAGGGGCGUCAUCAACCGCGGCUUGCUGAACCGCCUGUAUUUCUAUCUCAAUAUGAUCGUCUUCGCUCGGACACGCUCGUGGAUCAAGACUCACACCAUGAAAGACCAGUCUAAUCCUUUUGCCGACCCACCUCUCUUGCCGGCCAAUGCGACCUCGGGGCGGAUUGCUCGGCACCAUAGCGAUGCAGCGGUACGCGUCGCUCUCGGCACCAUCCGGGCCUACGGACGUGUCGAGGUAGAGGAGCACGAUAUCAACACAAUUGACUCUAGUCUGGACCCAAUGUCUCGUUUUACGGGUGGCGGAACUAAUCACGACGGCAGCAACAUCAUCGAGAGACCCGCCUGGCCUUGGGCCGAGCAGAGGCUUGGUGGUCGACCCCUCCUUACCCGCUCCGAGCGCAUAUGGGACCGCGUCAUGGAGUGGCUCGCGCUCCAGCCAUACAAGGUGAACGCUCAUUUGCGGACGCUGUAUCUUUACCUUGAUCUGGUAGAUGGACCAAAAGGGUCAAGAUACGAGCUUCCUGGCACGCAUCAGGAAUCUGCGUUUGCCGAGCAGGUCGCAGAAGAAUCACCCCGCACCUAUCCGAAGAUCGAACAGACCGCAGAGGAAAUUGCCCUGGAUCGUCUGUCUCGCCCUAUUUGA